UAAACUGAAAUCCAGGUUUCACAGAAAUCACGAGCCAUGUCACAUGACGUUUACAAACCAAGCCGGAAGUGGAGUGAACUGACGCACGUCAACCGGAACAGCUGUGCAAGGGCCCCAAAACAGAAAUCAUCAAGACAGUAUUUUAGUCUGAAUUAAAGCUGGAUCAAGAUGACUACACCUGAAAAAUACCCUAGGUCUUCUAUUGAAGAUGAUUUCAACUAUGGAACAAAUGUUGCGACAGCGAGUGUGCAAAUCCGGAUGGAUUUCCUGCGCAAGGUAUACACCAUCCUGUCUCUUCAGAUCAUCCUGACCACGGCUACCUCUGCUCUCUUCAUGUACUGUGACACCAUCAAGGACUUUGUCCAUUCAAGUCCAGCGGUUGUGUUGGUGUCAGCCAUUGGCUCCCUGGUGUUGAUCAUUGCCCUGGCCUUCUACAGACAUCAACACCCCAUUAACCUGUACCUGCUUGCCGCAUUCACUCUGUUGGAGUCGGUCUCUGUUGCUACUGCAGUGACCUUCUAUGAGUAUUCCAUCGUGCUCCAGGCCUUCUUCCUCACAGCAGCUGUGUUCCUUGGGCUGACUGCCUACACCUUCCAGUCGAAGAGAGACUUCAGUAAACUGGGAGCUGGACUGUUCUCCGGCCUGUGGAUCCUGAUCAUCGCUGGUUUCAUGAAGCUCUUCUUCCAGAACGACACAGUAGAGCUGUUGUUUGCUGGUGCGGGAGCUCUGUUGUUCUGUGGCUUCAUCAUCUACGACACCCACCUCCUGAUGCACCAGCUGUCCCCUGAGGAGCACGUCCUGGCCUCCAUUAACCUGUACCUGGACAUAGUUAACCUCUUCCUGCAUAUCCUCCGCAUGCUGGACUCCAUGAAGAAAAACUGACCUUCUAUUCCCUAAUGUAGUGCACUACACACUAUUACCUAAUGUAGUGCACUACACACUAUUACCUAAUUUAGUGCACUACACACUAUUCCCUAAUGUAGUGCACUACACACUAUUACCUAAUUUAGUGCACUACACACUAUUACCUAAUUUAGGGCACUACGUUUUGACCAGGGCCCUGUAUGAACGUCGUGCACCGUGAAGGGAAUAGUGUGUGGUUUGGGACUCGGGGCAGAUUUAGUGAUCAGGGGCUCACAGGGUGACUUGGGAUCGAUUCAGUUCUCAAUUCAGUAACAUUUUCUUGGAAUUAUUUAUAAAAUCCUCAUAGAAAAGAAAAUGGGCAUUUAUCGAUUCACCUCCAUGAAUUGAAAACUGUUUUGCCCUCCAUCUCUGAUAGCCAACCCUGAUGUAGAUCCCACCAGUGAUUGUGAAACAUUAACCCCUGGAGAUAAUAAUAUAUUAUAACCUGUGCCAUUUUGUUGUUUUUUUAGCAUUUUGGGACUGGCUGUGUUUUGGACUUAAUGCUGUUUUUUUGUUCUUAUACUGUUUAUUAUUCUGAAUGUAAAACAAACUAAGACAUCGUAUUUAAUUGUGGGUUGCUCGCUCAGUGAAUGAUUUCUUCCUGAAUAAUCAGGCAUACAGAUUACGGAAGGUUGUGAUGGUGUGAAAAAAAGCAGAACACAUUUCUUAGGAAAGUACUUCGUUCUACUUUAGUUUAAACUUCCAUCCCCCUCGCUUGCCGGUAGACUGAAUAAACUGGCCAUGAUCAUCUUAGAAAGACUUGAAUAGUUGUCACAGUAAAGUUUGAUAAAAUACACUAUUCUCCACUAUUGACUUAACCAGAGAAUAUGUAUCACAUAGCAACCUAUUCCCUAUAUAGUGCACUACUUUUGACCAGAGGUCGUGUCCCAAAUGGGACACCAUUCCCUAUAUAGUGCACUACUUUUGAUCAGAGUUCGUGUCCCAAAUGGGACACCAUUCCCUAUAUAGUCCACUACUUUUGACCAGAGGGCGUGUCCCAAAUGGGACCCCAUUCCCUAUAUAGUGCACUACUUUUGACCAGGGUCCGCAUCCCAAAUGGGACCCUAUAUUCCCUAUAUAGCUCACUACUUUUGACCAGAUCCGUGUCCCAAAUGGGACCCUAUUCCCUAUAUAGUGCACUACUUUUGACCAAAGCCCUAUGGGGCAUUUGAUGACAGAGAUUUGAUAUGCCGGCAAACAGAGGGAUCCUCUGGGACCAGGAAACAUGUUCAACCAGUUAGCUGGUGGGCAGAACAAGUGUACAGUAGAAUACAACCACAUCAGAUGUCAGGAAAGGGAAUCUUCACUACAGGUCUGAACACCAGGAGGUUUCCAUUAGACAUCAUGUAAAUACUAAUGAAGAGAUUUUACUAGGCUCUAUAUUCUGUUUCCUCACUCAUUUGUUUAUUAACAAACCUGCAAGUUGCAAUACAAAUUGUCACGUGGAAUGUAAAGAAGUUGCACAUCUAUUCGGUGAACUGUGAAUCAACUGUCAAUUGUAUAUGCUUUGAUUUCUUGAUUAAAUUGUAAAGUGGA